AUGUCAAUGCAAGCAUUCAAGUAUGUGUGUCAGUACAACACAGACUAUAGCAUCUUUCAACGUCUCUAUCAUGACUUGGCAUACGAACAUUUUAGACUGGCCCUUUCACGCACCUUUGUCAUCGAUCUUUGCUGUUGCUCUGGGUCAUUCGAAAUUGUAUCCUAUCUACUCGACACCAAGAUGUACCAAGUCACACCGUUGGCAUUGGACAAUGCAGCUUCAUUUGGACACUUAGAGAUUGUCAAGUUACUGCUACCUCUGGUUGAUUGUACAAACAAGGCGAUUGAUACGGCAUCGUUGAAUGGGUAUUGUCAAGUAGUCAAGAUAUUACUAGAGGCUGGUAAACCAUACACAUACCGUGCUAUCGAGUAUGCAUCAACCAACGGUCAUCUUGAAGUUGUCAAACUACUACAUACGUGGGAUGGUCAGCCCAAUCGAAUUGACAAACAUGCUACCAUGACAACCGAUAUAGCAUAUGAAUCAAACCAUUCAAAUACAUACCCAGAAUCCUAUUCAAACAAUCCACUUGAUCUAGCCGCCUCAAACGGGCAUCUGCAAGUGGUCGAAUAUUUGCACAAUGAAAAGUAUGGAUGCUCGGUUGUUGCCCUAGACUUUGCCGCCAAAAGAGGGUAUCACCACGUAGUUGACUACUUACUAGACAACCGAACAGAAGGAUGUAGCUCAGAGGCAAUCGAUCAGGUUGCAUGUACAGGUGACCUUGAAAUGAUUCAAAAGUUACACUUUCGUGCCAAAGCGCCUUGCUCAUACCGUGCGAUGAACAAUGCGGCAAAGUAUCUAAAUGUCGUCGAAUGGCUUUCAAACAAUCGACAAGAAGGAUGUAACAAAAUGGCAAUGGAUAAUGCAUCCGCAUUGGGUGCAUUAGAUGUCCUCCAAUACUUACAUAUUAAUAGAACAGAAGGUUGUAGCACUGCAGCUAUGGAUAUGGCGGCAAAAUAUGGUCAAUUAGAAACCCUCAUAUUCCUUAGAACACAUAGAACUGAAGGUUGCACAGCCGAAGCCAUAAAUGGAGCUGCACUUUAUAAUCAUUUAAAAAUUAUCAAAUAUUUAAAAGAAUAUUGUAAUGCUACUUGUACAACUACUGCUUUAAAUUAUGCUGUAACAAAUAAUUCAAUAGAAUUGAUUCAAUAUUUAUUAAAUAAUUUUAAAGUUAAUUGGGAUUUUCAUACUGCUCUUGAUUUUGCUAGAUCAAAUAAUUGUUCAGAUGAAGUUUUUAAUCUACUUGAUCCAACUGUAAAUAAUAAGUAA